UGCUCGGCUGGGACACUCUGGGACAUUGCCCCAGUGCCACCAGCUCCCCACGGAUCCUCGGUGUCACUGCCUGCCACACAGUCACGGAGCCAUGCUGAUCCUGAGAUGCCCAGCCCAGCUGCAGCUCCUGGAGGAGACCCUGCGGAAGAGCCUGCCCACCACUCUGCCGGUCCUGGGGACUGUGAUGACAGUGGCCAGGGGGAACCCGGCCUCCCACGAGGUGCUGGUGGACUCCUGGCCCCAUUUCAGCAUUGUCCUGACCCGCCUGCGCCCAGAGGACCACAGGGACCCCAGGGACUACUACACCAACCAGCUGUCUGUCUUCUACCGGGACAAGGGAGCCCUGCAGGCACUGCUGGAAGGCACUGAGGCGGUGGCCCAUGGAAGAGCCUUCCAGAUUCUGGGGAUGCAGGAUGGGCUGGAUGAGGCCGUGCAGGAGGUGGCCAGUGCCAGGGGGCUGAAGGUGGAGACGAUCCGGUACUGGGCACUGAUGAGCCCUGAGCCCCCCCAGCCCCGCAGCCAGAUACCCUCAGGCCUGCGCCUGGCGCCUGUGUCCCCAUCCCACGUCCCUCUGCUCAACGCCACGUGGGCCCUGGGGGGCAAUGCCCGCAGCCGGGCGUUCCUGCUGGGGCUGGUGCGGACGCUGCCCUCCGCCUGCCUGCUGGACGUGCGCGGCCGCCCGGUGUCCUGGACCGUCGGCUUCGUGCUCCAGCCCGGAACCUUCUACAUGAUCCUGGGCACUCCACAGUAG